CCGCAGUGCUUUAAAAAGUUGGUAAGCGUCACGACGCAAAGCGUCAGUUAGCGUCGGUGGGCUAGCGAGCCAACAGCAUCGCGUAAAUUCUUAUCUUACAAAUACGACGUGACACAACUUUUCUAACAUCGGUUAUCACGUGACUUGUGGGACCAAGAUGUGAUCAUGGGUUCCUCAAAGUCGAAGCAGUGCAGUUGCGUGAGACGUCGUCGCAGAAGCACCGUCUACGAGGAAGAGACCUCAAGCUCAAGAUCCAUAGAAAUAGACCUCCAGCAACAACAGCAACAAACCGAACGCCCUUUGAGAACAAGUGCCCGCAAAACGAAAACAAAAUGCUUCAGCCAUAUGAUCCCGAAAAAGAUCUUGUGUUGCCUCCAAAAAGACGACAUGAGUAUGACCAAAAUCGAGCGAACUAUAAAAGCGACACUGUUAAUACAGAAGUGGUACAGAAGAUAUAUGGCGAGAUUAGAAGUUCGGCGCAGAUAUACUUGGACGAUAUUCCAAAGCAUAGAAUAUGCAGGAGAACAGGAUCAAGUCAAACUUUACAACUUCUUUAACGCCCUGCUUACGCACAUUCCAAACACCACAAAUCGAACUUCCGAAUCGUCGACAGCUUCAAGAAAUUCAUCAAUAGAGGACCUUGACAUGAAAUUCGAGGACGAAUCGGACGAAGGCGAAGAGGAGCUCUUAGAUAGUAGCGAAAGGGACCACAAAUUUAAAUUAGAAUUUCCAAUGGACGAGGAGCAGUUGAAAAAACUGAUUGAACUGUACCGACGAAGACGGCACUACCGGCUCCACGCUCGUUACGUGGCUGAAAUCCUGAGAGAAUCCAUUAUUAAGCUGAAAAGAUUACCGAACUUGAAUCUCGCCUCCACAGCGAUAUCAAAACAGAUAACAGUGUGUGGAGAUCUUCACGGAAAGCUCGACGACCUUCUCGUCAUCUUCCACAAGAACGGCCUACCAUCACCGGAAAAUCCAUACGUAUUUAAUGGGGAUUUCGUCGAUAGAGGAAAACGAGGCAUUGAGGUGCUCCUCGUCCUCUUAUCCUGUAUGCUCGUCUAUCCUGGAGGUGUUUUCCUGAACAGAGGGAACCACGAGGACAAUAUAAUGAAUUCGAGGUAUGGCUUCAUUAGAGAGAUGCAGUCCAAAUACAGGAGGAACUCUGAGAAGUUAUUGAAGUUAAUUGAAGGAGUGUACCGGUGGUUACCUUUGGGCACUAUCGUGAACAACAAGGUGCUGAUAGUUCACGGAGGCAUCUCAGACACCACCGAUCUCGAUCUCAUCAGGAGCCUGGACAGGGGGAAGUACGCUUCUUUGUUACGGCCGCCUAUCAGUGACAGUUCAGCCCCUGGGGCCGAGCUCAUCGAUAAGGUGGAAUGGAAACAGGUAUUUGAUAUUUUGUGGUCAGACCCUCAAGUAGGAAAUGGUUGUAUACCGAACGCUUUACGAGGAGCCGGAACGUACUUCGGUCCGGACGUGACGAAGAAUUUCUUGGAGAAAAACCGCAUGUUGUUCAUUAUCAGAUCUCACGAAUGCAAAUCGGAAGGAUACGAAGUGAUCCACGAUAAUUCGAUCAUAACGAUAUUUUCGGCAUCGAAUUAUUACGAACUGGGGUCGAAUAAAGGAGCGUACUUAAAACUAGUGGGGCCUCAGUUAGACACCCACUUUGUUCAGUAUAUGGCCGCCGCAGGGAGAGCGAAAAGGCUAACGUUUCAUCAAAGGAUAGGUCUGGUUGAAGCCUCUGCCAUACGAGAACUUCACGGACAAAUAAUGGCGAACAAGACCAAAUUAGAGAAGGAGUUCGUCAAAGUCGAUCCUGAAUUGACAGGAUAUGUCACUCUGAGCGAGUGGUGCAAAUGCAUGGAGAAAGCCACGGGCCUCGGCCUUCCCUGGAGAAUGCUCAAAGAAAAAUUAGUGACCGUGGACCCCGAGACUCAGAAAGUUAAUUAUAGUUCAACAUUCGAAAACAUUAGUAGUUCCAAAAUAAAUUCCGUCCAAGGCGCCAGCACAGUCGUGGAAACCCUCUACCGAAACAAGGGCAAUUUGGAAACAAUUUUCCGCAUUAUCGAUAAAGACAAUUCAGGUUACAUAAGUUUGGACGAAUUUUCCGAAGCAUGCAACCUGAUAAAGGAACACAUGCCUAACCCGAUCACGCAAGAGCAGCUAGUGGAGAUAUGCCGUCUGAUGGACAUAAACAAGGACGGACUGGUGGACUUGAACGAAUUUCUUGAAACUUUCAGACUGGUGGACCCCGAAAGUCGGCAUUUAGACGACUUAAGCCCGAUCAAAACCACCAGUGUCGAGAUUAAUGCUCAAAACUCGCCCCAGGAUAGUCCAGUCACCCCCAGACAUGUCACACUCUCAACAUCGCCAAAGUCUCCCAAAGAGUCUUCCCUCGAAUGCAACAACACGAAUAACGUUAACAAUGUCUUGACGCAGUCUCCGGUGCUUAGCAGCAGACGCGGGGACUAAAUUUUUCCGUAGCUUCUAACAUAUCUGAAUUUUCUCACGUUUCCCUUCAAAUCUUUUGCCUUCAUUCUGCCCGCCUUUAACAAAUUUUUGAUAGUCUAGCUAACGGAUGCGCUAAAAAUUAUCCGGACACUAAAUUUGAAAAUUAAUAUAGUAAAUUUCAAACAAAAAAAUCCGGAUGAUGUCGGUUGCUUAUCAGAAUUUGUUAGAGGGGGUCCUGACUGAACGACGACGCAAUAAAGGUGUGCUUACGAUUUAUGAUUAAUACGGGGCCAUUCGUAGGGGUUAGAUCCGCAUAUCUCUAACGUAUUGUAAACUGUUAAUUGUUCAAGAUUAUAUGCCAUUAUUACGUUGGAUUGUAUUCUCUGAAUGUGAUAUUAUUUUUAUAUUGUUACUUUACGUAAAUAUAAAUAUAUUUAUUAAAGAUACUGUAAGUACAUAUCUCAAGACAAACGACCAAAGUCUGGUCAACUCAGGCCAGUUGGGACACAACUUUUGGCCAACUUGUCUUUCUAGUUUAGUUGAGAUUUUGCAUUGUAUAAUCUUACGCUUAAUAAACGCCGUUAAGAAAAA